GUACCAUUUUGAUCCUUUUGGUGGCUCUCAGUCAGUGCACGUACAGUGCUCACUGUCAGACUGCCAGUGGCCAGUGGGCAAAGACUGAAUUCCUCUAAGAUCACUUUGAUCACCAUGAUUGUACCCAGUGUGUGAUGAUGUGAUCAGCUGCUGGGCCUGUGCAUGGCAGCCUGAGGCCCUGUGGAGUGUGGUGUGUUUGAAGCACCGCGCCUCGCUGUGUGAGAGCAGAGCGGCGCGUCAGUGUGCGCUAUUUGGCGGGAAAGUGUGUUGUGGUGGUUUGGCCUCUUUGGUGUGUGUGAUUGUGAGGCCGUGCUGGUGUUUGUGACACCCCCGUGAGUUGAUCAUGGCUUCUACCACACCCUCCACUAAGGCACAGGCAGACUCCACCACCACCACACCCCACCCGCCCACUACUGACGAAAAAGUGCAUGCGGCGAGUGCAGCAUUCAACCAUUUCUCCCAGGGCAAGCGACACCUCCUAGUCGGGGACUUCAAGUCUGCUGUUGCUGCAUUCAAGGAGGCAACGGAAUCUCUGGUGAAGCUGUAUGGAGAGCAGGCGCCGGAGUGUGGCGAUGCAUACUACCACUACGGCCAUGCACUGCUGGAGCUGGCACGCAAGGAGGCAGGCGUGCUGGGGCCAGACCUGGACGGCGCUAGUAGCCAAGAGGGAAGCACAGGUGAGGAGGAAGACGAAGAGGAAGAGAGUGAAGAGUCACAAGAGGAGGAGGAAGGUGGAAAGAAAGAGGAAGGAGAAGAGGAGGAAGAGGAAGAUGGAGAAGGAAAGGAGAAAGAUAAGAAAGGAAAUGCUGAGGAAGGAGAAGGUGAGAAUACUGAGGAAGAGGAGGAGGUGACCACCCUGCAGUGUGCCUGGGAGUGGCUGGAUGUGGCUCGAGUCAUCUUUGACAAGCAGGAGGAGACGCCGGAAGUUGUCAAGAAGAGGGCACAAAUUCGCUUGAGUCUGGGUGAAGUGUGCAUGGAGAGUGAGGACUAUGAGGGAGCCAUCAAUGAGUUCAAGCAAUGCCUUCAGAUGCAGGAGCCUGUGUUGGAGAAGGAUGACCGCUCCCUGGCAGAGACGCACUACCAGCUGGGGUUGGUCUACAGCCUCUCAGACAACUUUGACAGUGCCGUGUCUCACUACACGGCCGCUGUUGACGUCAUUCAACUCAAGAUCAAGAACCUGCAGGCAAGAGUCACCGAAAAGAACUCGUGGAGCAAGGAGCGCAGGGAUAAAGACUUGGCAGAGAGCAAGGAUGUGUUCUAUACAGAGGAGGGGGAGAUCGAGGACCUGCAGCAGCUCCUUCCUGACAUUCACCUCAAGAUUGUCGACAUGAAGGAAAUGAAAGCUGCUUCUGUUGAGAAACUUCAACAGGCAGCCAAGGCUAUGCUCCUGGGCAAGGGGGAGGGACCCGGCUCGUCAAGUCAAGUGUUCUCACAAGCAAGGGAAGGAGAGGCGAGUGGAAGUGUUGCCUCCUCAUCCAAGUCUUCUGAUGCCAAACCUCUCAUGUGUCAAGUGAGACGCAAGCGAAAACCUGAGGAAGACGAGGCCACAGACGAACAGAAGAAGCCCAGGCUGGAGAAUGGAGUGAAGCGUGAGGGAACCGAGGAGCAGGAGGAGGACAAGAGCAAGGCAGCAAGCAAUUUUGUGGUCAAGUCAAUCGCCGUCAAGAGAAAAGUUGCUGAGAAUGGUAAAGAGUCGUCAGCAGAGUCCUCCCCGGCCAAGGCAGAAUCUUCCUCCUCUUCCAAAUCAGAGUCUUCCUCUAACUCGACUGAAUCUUCGUUGGCUCCUCAAGAAAUUAAAUGAAUGAGUUUGUUAUCUGCACAAUUUAUUUACAUUUGUAUUGAUUAUGGCAAUAUUGUGUGUGUGUGUGUGUGUGUGUGUGUGUGUGUGUGUGUGUGUGUGUGUGUGUGUGUAAGGCUCCUUCUCCUGUCCACCUUUCCUUGGCAAAAGAUAGUCUGGUAUGUUGGUAAACAGAUUAAUAUUUUUACACCCUUUGAAAAAGACAAAAGGUCACUGUAUGUAAGUGGAUCUGCCUGGUAGAUAAUGCAGAGUUGUUGAGGUGGCAGUGGUUGAGUGGUUGACAGGGAGAAGGUUGUGAGUGUCAGCCUAUCUUUAAUCCUCCCUGCAUGUGUAGAAGACAGUAAGUGAACAAUAUUCAGUGAAACACCACCAUUUGUGCAACUUGUUAGUCAUCCACCUUGUUUGCUUAAAAAUUCCACUGGUUGUUUUUACGCAUGCUCCACAAUUUGUACACCGUGGUCUUGUUACUGGCUGUGCCAUGUGGUCAUUUGGGUUCCCCUUGUGCCACCUCCCAUUUGCUAAGCAUCAUCUUUGUUUCUGGAACCAAUUAAUCCUGUUUGCAGUAUUUCUUAUGGGAUCAAAUGAUUUAGCCAUUCAUACAAUUUGCAGUUUGAACAGCCUCCUGUAAUGGAUUGUGUAAAAAUAGUGAGAUUCCACUGUUGUACUGAGAAUAGCCACAUUGACCAUUACAAUUACUGACUUUUGGGAAGUGUUUGGCUUACAAUGGAGAUGGGAUGAUUGAGUGUGAAGGAGAAAGUGUUGAUGGGAACGUCUUGGUGACUUAAGAAGUGUAUGUGUUGUAAUGCAACUGGAAGAAGAAUCUGCUGAUGAUGUGUGAGUCUGUUUGGAAAGAAAGUGUGUGUGUGUGUGUUUGUGUUUGUGUGUAUGUGUGUGUGUUGGGGCCUUCUCCUUUGGGAAAUUUUGAGGAGCAGCCAGUCUGUGUGGUUAUAGAUAGAUGUGAGUGCUUUGGAAAAGUGUAUGUAGAUGCAAGCACAUCUUCCUUGCCUCACCAGGGGCUGCCUUGCUGCAGGGAACAAUCACUAUACUGCAGUCUUGUUACAUUGGGCCAUGUCUACUUGGUGUGUGUUUUAUAUUUUCACAUUUUUAAGAAUAAAUGUUUUCAGUCUCA